UAGGACUCUUUGCUUAAUUGGAAACAGAGAGCAGCGAGGGUGAAACCUUAGGACUUCCCCUUUUUUGGAUCAUAGCCUCCUUCCUUUUCCUCUAUCUACUCUCCAUUUUCGUUCUUGAUGCCUCUUGAUCCUCCUUCUUGAUUGCUCUUUGAGGGAGUCAUCCAAAGGUCACGCCUUUUUGGAUGAUUUCGUUGAUGCCCUGAUUCCGUUCACCGCUGGAAGAUUCAUGUACCUGCAUUGAGUGGACAAGGCUCUGCUUUGUUGUUUGAAUCAACUACAAAGCUCUUUUUGCUUGAAACAUAGAAGGAGGAAGAGGAAUGGAGCAAGAAUACUGUGAAUUUGAGAUGCUUCUUGGUGAAAUCCCAGAUGCUACCUUGGUUAAUCUUCAACAAUCAGAUACUAGUGCUACUAACAAUUCGCUUAAGUUGGGAACUGUCCCUAAAGAGCAAGUUGAACAAAAAUCUCUGCGUUAUUUAAAAUACAUCAAUUCACACAGCUCUCCUCAGCAUUCAAAGAAUGGCAACAAGAGAACCUUAUUUGAUAGCUUGAGCUCAUCGAAAGGUUACUUUGAUCACACAGCUCCAAGCGAUGGAAAUGGCACAUGCGAUUAUUCAAACUUGCAGGAUACUUAUUCUUUGGCAUCAGCAUUUGGUGAAUUGAGCCUUAAGGAUGGCUCAAUGACAAAACCUGAUACUCUUACAUCAGUUAUGCAUGACAGCGCCUCCUCUUGUAAUCAAAACUUCAUGUCAGAUAAAGAGAAUGCCCUCCUUAAUAGGUUUAAGUUGGGGAUGAAUUGCGUGGGAAUGCCUCUUUCUUCAUCUCAUGUUGCGCAAGUUGGAGCUAUGGAAAUGCCCACUUCUUCAUCCCUGACUAUGCCAAAUGGAUGCCAUUUGUCUGAUCAUGAGGUGGAAGCAUACAGGACAUUGACUAGGAUAGAUGGGGUAGGAAAAUUCAGUGCAAAGAUGGAUAUUCAGGAUAGUUCAGAGUUCCUUAUGAAGAAAAGACCAGAGGAUUUGCCUGGUGGCUUUCAGGGACCACAACAAAAUCUUGCCAAUUAUCCUGGAACUAUGCCUUUGUAUUCUGAAAGUCAUGCCUUUGACUUGCUUUCAAGGGUCCCUUCCUCCAAGAUGGAGUUAGCAUCUCCUGCAAUUCAGCAGCAAUAUUAUAUGAAUGCGGAAUCUACAACACCUCACAAGUCAAGCCGGUUUAAUAUGGACUGGCAAAAUCCCGAAGGAUAUCAUGAUGCCCAUCAACAGAUUUUUUACCCACCAUACGUUCAAAAUCAAGGACUUCCAUUUCAUCAAAUUCCAAAUGGUGUAGUUUCAUGCAUCAGGUCCUCAACUGGGAACAACAUUCAACCGUACUUUAGGUAUCCAGGCCAUCAUAAAGGAUACAAUGACUUUGAAGUUUUACCAAUGGAUGACAGCCCUUAUCAAUUUUGCUCCCAGGACCUUUUUAGGGAUGAAAAUUGUUGUGGAGUUUUCUCAUUGUCAAAAGCUAACAUCCUCUGACAAUCUAGCAUAUUGUACUAAAGAUUUCCUUGGUUCUAGAUUUUUGGACAGGGCAAAGAUUUGUCCUGAAAAGAUUUUGACAAGAUCAGAUGGAAUGAACUCUCAGGGCAUCUCUUAGGUCCAGUUUUACUAGGAUUGAUCAAUCCCAGCCAAUUUCAGACAGCAGCUGGAUGUUGCAUUCUGAUGGCCACGCUGAGCACCCUAUCAAUGGGUAUUUUCAGUUGGACGGUCUGAACUACAGAAGUUCAUCACCUAAUAACUUUGAUUUUGUGAUUAGUCCAAAAUUAUUGCAAAUGAAAUACAAUUCUGUGGAUGAUAUUGUGGGGAAGGUUUACUCUAUGGCAAAGGAUCAGAUUGGCUGUCGUUUCCUACAGAAGAAAUUCACUGAAGGUGCUCCAGAAGACAUAGAGAAAAUUUUUGAUGAAAUUAAAAGUCACAUUGUUGAACUCAUGACUGACCCAUUUGGGAAUUAUCUUGUUCAAAAGCUUCUUGAAGUGUGUAAUGAGGAUCAAAGAAUGUGCAUACUCUGUACUGUUACCAGAAAGAUGGGUGAACUCUUUAGAAUUUCAUGUGACAUGCAUGGAACGCGGGCUGUACAGAGAGUAAUUGAGACAGUUCAAACUGCAGAACAAUAUUCAAUGAUCGUUUCAUCUCUCAAGCCUUUUGUUGUUGCACUGAUAAAAAAUGUAAAUGGUAAUCAUGUUGCACAGCGCUGCUUACAGCAUUUUCCAGUUGAAUACAGUGAGUUUGUCAUUGGUGCUGCAAUUGCUCAUUGUGUUGAGCUCGCAACCGACCGUCAAGGCUGCUGCGUUCUUCAAAAGUGUCUACAUCAUUCAGAUGGUGAUCAGAAGAACAGACUAAUGGCUGAGAUUGCUGCUAAUUCUCUUGCUCUUUCUCAAGACCAAUAUGGGAACUAUGUUGUGCAGUUUAUGCUCGAUCAGGAAGUUCCAUGGGUGACAUCUAAUAUUCUGUACCAACUUGAAGGUAGCUAUGCAGACUUAUCUAUGCAGAAAUGCAGUAGUAAUGUCGUCGAGAAAUGUGUUAGACUUGCUGGUGAAGAAAUGCGAAUUAGAAUUAUUCAGGAACUGAUGUGUAGUCCUCUAUUACCACAUAUCCUGCAAGACCCCUUUGGUAAUUAUGUUAUUCAAACUGUUCUCAAAGAAUGCAAGGGGGCUUUACGUGCCGCUGUAAUGGAAGCAAUCCGGCCCCAUUUUACAGAAUUGCGAAGUAGUCCAUUCGGGAAGAAAGUUCUUUCCACCAUCCUAAGAAAGUAACUUAUCAUGGAUCUCAUUUUGUCGAACUUAUCUGUUGUUCUCAGAGAUUUUGGUGGGGCAAAGAAGAAUGCUUUGGUGAAAUGAUUAGAAAUUCAAGUUUUUACAUGUUAAAUAGUUGCAUUCAGUUUUUGGAGAGCGAUGCAUUUUGUCUAGUAUGGAUGAACCAUUGAUUAACUUGGCUGUAUAUUACUUGUGCACAACUUUUAUGUUUGUAUUAACUGUAAAGUCAUGCAGCAAAAAGAGUAGUUUUAAGUGCAGUUAUGUAAUUUACCUCUGUUGUUCUUCCGUUCAAGUUUUUGUUGGUGUUUGCUCA